UACUAAGUCUUUGAAAUCGGUUUGUGUUUUAUGUUUACAGCACAUAUCAGUUUUGACCAGCCACAUUUCAAGGGCUCACUAGACACAUGUGGCCAGCGGUGACCAUACUGGACAGUGCAGGUAGAGACAAAUGUGGCCUUGGAGUCGAGCAAGGUGGGGCGGGGGCUUGCAUUGAAAGGGGAGUGAAGACAACCCCAGAAUGGUUACAGGGUGAGGGCGGUUCCAGAAGGCUUUUCACCACCCAUUUCCCCUUUCCUUUCCUCCCAUUCAUCACAGAUACGGGUCCCCUAGCCAGAAAGGCCUCUCCAUCCAGGUGCCCCAGCCCAUGCCUCCAACCCCUAUUCCUCUCCCGUUGCUCCCCUGUAUCCCCCGGGGGCCACCCACCUCGGAAUUCAUCCAGUCGAGCUGCCCACCACGUGGAUGCUGCACUCUACGUCACUCAACUGCUAGCUCCCUCCCGCCCGCCUUUCAGUAACCUUCGCUUCCCUCGGUUUCCACAGCGACGCCACCAAGGGGCGGGGCGGGGGGGGGUGGGCGGCUCGCGGCGCGGAGGCCCCCUUUGAUUGGUGGGUAGCCAAGGCCCUUCUUUCUACCGUCGCCCCUCCCUCUUGCCUGCGCUCCGCCCCCUCGGUGGGUCCUGCAAGCUGAUUGGCUAGCCCCGUGGCGAGAGCGGCUGUUUCUCGUUCAGACCUGCCCUGCCGGGCGAGGGCGAAGUGGGCGCCCCCUGCGUUGAUUGGUUGGAGGGGCGCGCGUGGCAGGGAGGAGCGAGGCGGACGCCGAGCCGCGAUUAGUCUCGCGGGGAGGUCGUGAGCGCGUGAGGUAUCCCUUGCAGUGUCGCGCGCAGGUAGCUGCAGCAGCAGGAGCAGUAGCCGCCGUUUGAGGGAGCCAUGAAGCACUCUGAGGUGGAGAUUCUGGAUGCAAAGACCCGGGAGAAGCUGUGCUUCCUGGACAAGGUGGAGCCCCAAGCCACCAUUGCCGAGAUCAAGAACCUUUUCACCAAGAGCCAUCCGCAGUGGUACCCCGCCCGCCAGUCCCUCCGCCUGGACCCCAAGGGCAAGUCCCUGAAGGAUGAGGAUGUUCUGCAGAAGCUGCCCGUGGGCACCACGGCCACGCUCUACUUCCGGGACCUGGGGGCCCAGAUCAGCUGGGUAACGGUCUUCCUGACAGAGUACGCCGGGCCCCUUUUCAUCUAUCUGCUCUUCUACUUUCGGGUGCCCUUCAUCUAUGGCCACAAAUAUGACUUCACGUCCAGUCGGCACACGGUGGUACACCUCGCCUGCAUCUGCCACUCGUUCCAUUACAUCAAGCGCCUGCUGGAGACGCUCUUCGUGCACCGCUUCUCCCACGGCACCAUGCCCUUGCGCAACAUCUUCAAGAACUGCACCUACUACUGGGGCUUCGCCGCAUGGAUGGCCUAUUACAUCAACCACCCUCUCUACACGCCGCCCACCUACGGAGCUCAGCAGGUUAAACUGGCCCUCGCCAUCUUUGUGAUCUGCCAGCUCGGCAACUUCUCCAUCCACAUGGCCCUGCGGGACCUGCGGCCAGCUGGGUCUAAGACCAGGAAGAUCCCAUACCCCACCAAGAACCCCUUCACAUGGCUCUUCCUGCUGGUGUCCUGCCCCAAUUACACCUACGAGGUGGGGUCCUGGAUUGGCUUUGCCAUCAUGACACAGUGUCUCCCAGUGGCCCUCUUCUCCCUGGUGGGCUUCACCCAGAUGACCAUCUGGGCCAAGGGCAAGCACCGCAGCUACCUGAGGGAGUUCCGGGACUACCCGCCCCUGCGCAUGCCCAUCAUCCCCUUCCUGCUCUGAAGGGCUCCCCCUCACCCAGGCUCAGCCGAGCCAGGCUCGUGUCCCCCCCGCCCCAGUGUCAUUCUGGGCGAGGACUGGGAACCACUGCUCUCCAGCAUCUGGAAUAAAACCUGCCUGCCCAGCUGGA